UUUAACCCAGGGUUCAGAUGAACAGUUCAAAUAUAUACAGCAUUAUAAUGGAACAACAGCCCACUGCGUGUAGUUCCUCUGUCCAGAUGCCAUCGUCACUUCCAAGACCUGCUGGUGAGAACAACUUUAAGAGAAUCAGCCGCACAGAGGACAAUAAUCCCUUUCCGAUUCCAGGCUUGGCAGCAGACAUCCUGCACAUGCGUGUAAAAGAAGGAAGCAAGAUUCGCAAUUUACUGCAGUUUGCAGCAGCUCGCAUGCAAGGAGAGGGAAGCAACUCAAAUGGGACUUCACUACGACAGGUGCUCUUUACUGGCUCAGGCAGGGGAGUCACCAAGACUAUCACCUGUGUGGAGAUCCUAAAACGUAAAGUUGAGGGCCUACAUCAGGUGUCCAAACUCUACUACAAGACAGUGAAGGAGGUUUGGAAGAGUCCACAGCAGGGCGCUCCAGGUAUAACCAUGGAGCGGAGCGUUCCUGCCAUCUGUAUCCUGCUGUCUAAAGAUCCUCUGGAUCCCCAGGAGCCUGGAUAUCAGCCACCCCAAAUCAUCAGUGGUCCCACAGAGGAUGCAGAGAGGCGUAGGGGUCUGUUCAGAACGGCUCGUGCUCAUUCAUUCCAGCACACAGCCAAGAGACUCUGUCUGGAUGAUUCGAGUGUAUGUUUUCCCUAACUCUGACUACAUCAUGUGUAGUCAGUCAGAUUUAAUAGGGGAUUAUUUUAUCCUUUAUUUUAGCAGCAUAAAUGUUUCCUCGAGAAAAUAAUACAUCUGCAUUUCAGGGUUUUUAUUAUGGCGCUUAUGUGAGGCAUUUUGGUACUAAAGUAAACAUCUGUGUCUGCCUUCAAAAUGUAUGAUGUGUAAUUCAUGAAAAGGUGAAUACAAAUGGAAGUAUGAAUUUGUCUUUUGCAACACUUUGUUAUGAAAUGUAACACGUGUAUAAACUAUUAUUAGCAGAAAUGUAAGUAACAGAUUAUCAGUUACAGUGGGGGUAAUAAUUAUUUGAUCCCCUGCUGUAUUUGUAAGUUUGCUCACUUACAAAGAAAUGAAGUCUCUAAUUUUUGUGGUAGUUUAAUUUUAAGAGUAAUAAAUUGAUUUGCAUCUCAUUGAGUGUAAGUAUUCGAUCCCCUACAAAUCCAGCAGGACUCCUGAUCUCAACUCAUUAUGUGUGUGCAAACCUGGUGACCAACUACAAAAAACGUCUUAACACUGUGCGAGUCAACAAGGGUUCCUCCAUUAAGUACUAAGUCAUGUUUUGCUUGGGGAUCAAAUACUUAUUUCACUCAAUGACAUGCAAAUCAAUGUAUAACUUUUAUGUGAUGUGUUUUUUUUCUGGAUUUUUGGUUGAUAUUCUGUCUCUUGCCAUUAAAAUGAAACUACCAUAAAAUUAGAGACUGUUCAUUUCUUUGUAAGUGAGCAAACUUACAAAUUCACCAGGGGUGGGACAAAAAAUGAGUUCCCCCACUGUAUAUGCUGAUAAUGUUUUAGAUUUAAUUUUUCUAUAUUAGUAUUUUGUUUAUUUUUGAUGGAAUGAUGUAAAUUAAUCAACAGACUGUAAAUGUGCCCAAUUUUAACUGUUUUCCCCUGACAGAUACUAAAUAAGGUAUUAAAUCAUUAAAAAACAAAAAACAAAAUCUAAAGUGAGAGAGAGAGAUAAUAUAAAUUACUGAUGUUAGACACUACUGAACACUAUUAAAUGCUCCAAGGUGAUUCUGAUGCAAAAAAAAAAAAAAAAAAAAAAA